AGGUCUCUCAGUCCCGACGGCGAACGAGGGGAGAGGAAGCCAGCAGCGAAAUGGCGUAUAAUAUGUGCUCGUCGCCUUCGUCUCUUUUCCACGACAUUCAACCUCUCUGCAGUUUUCGUUCGUUUCCUCAUAAACCUUUCCCAAGGAGUUUCUUCUGCACUGACAAGUUGAAACUUUUUCCCUUCCAUUCCAGAAAUCAUCUCCAGAUAAGCCGCGUCUCUGUGCAAGAUGCGGUUUCCCAGGAAACCCGGAACGAAGUCGUCAUCCAUGAAACGAAUCCUCCGGAUCCAGGUUCGAAUUCCUCUUCGUCAUCGUCUAAAAGCUACGUCUGGGUUAAUCCCAGCAGUCCCAGGGCUUCUCAGCUUCGUAAGAAAUCGUAUGAUUCGAGGUACUCUUCCCUUGUGAAACUAGCUGAGUCUCUGGAUGCCUGUAAUCCAGACAAGGCGGAUGUUUUCGAUGUUUUAAGUGGUUUCGGUGGUAAGCUGUUCGAACAAGACGCUGUUGUUACUCUCAAUAACAUGACAAACCCAGAAACCGCGCUACUGGUGCUCAACUAUUUUCUGGAGAAGCUGAAACCGAGUAAGGAGGUGAUUCUCUAUAACGUCACGAUGAAGGUCUUUAGAAAAUGCAAGAAUCUGGACAAAGCGGAGAAGCUGUUCGAUGAUAUGGUCGAGAGAGGGAUCAAACCUGACAAUGCGACGUUUACCACUCUAAUCAGUUGUGCUAGACAGUGUGCUCUACCGGGUAGGGCUGUCGAAUGGUUUGAGAAAAUGCCGAACUUUGGAUGUGAACCUGACGAUGUCACCUUCUCAGCUAUGAUCGAUGCUUAUGGUCGUGCGGGUAAUGUUGAUAUGGCGUUGAGCUUGUAUGAUCGUGCGAGGACUGAGAAGUGGCGGAUUGAUCCUGUGACCUUCUCAACUUUGAUUAGGAUCUAUGGUGUUUCCGGAAACUAUGAUGGAUGCUUGAAUAUCUAUGAAGAGAUGAAGGCUCUUGGGGUCAGGCCCAAUCUGGUCGUCUAUAACAGGCUGUUAGAUGCUAUGGGUAGAGCCAAGAGACCUUGGCAGGCUAAAAUCAUUUACAAGGAUCUUAUCAGUAAUGGGUUUACACCAAAUUGGAAUAGUUAUGCUGCUCUUAUAAGAGCUUAUGGCAGAGCGCGCUAUGGUGAUGAUGCUCUCAUUACGUACAGAGAGAUGAAGGAGAAAGGAUUUGCUCUGAAUGUGAUACUUUACAAUACUCUCUUGUCAAUGUGUGCCGAUAUAGGAUAUGUGGAUGAAGCGUUUGAAAUUUUCAAAGAUAUGAAGAGCUCCGGGGCUAGUGAGCCUGACAGCUGGACUUUCUCAUCAAUGAUUACUGUAUAUUCCUGCAGCGGCAAGGUUUCAGAGGCUGAGGCAGCACUUCAUGAGAUGAAAGAAGCUGGUUUCGAGCCUAAUCUUUUCAUCUUAACAUCACUUAUUCAGUGUUACGGGAAAGCCAAACGGGCAGAUGAUGUUGUGAGGACAUUCAAUGAGGUUUUGGGACUGGGCAUAACUCCUGAUGAGAGGUUCUGUGGCUGCCUUUUGAAUGUAAUGACCCAGACGCCAAAAGAGGAAAUUUCUAAGCUCAUCGACUGUGUUGAGAAGGCUAAGCCAAAGCUUGGUCAUGUGGUAAAGCUCUUGAUGCAGGAGCAAGAAUGCGAAGAAGGGGUCUUCAAGAAAGAAACAUCGGAACUGAUUGAUUCCGUUGGCUCUGAUGUAAAGAAAGCAUACUUGAAUUGCUUGAUUGAUCUCUGCGUGAAUUUCAGUAUGUUGGAAAGAGCAUGUGAGAUCCUAGAGCUGGGCCUUGAACGUGAAAUUUACUCUGGUAUCCAUUCCAAAUCUGCCACCCAAUGGUCACUUCAUCUAAAAAGUCUCUCUCUUGGGGCAGCCUUGACUGCCCUUCAUGUUUGGAUAAACGACCUAUCAAAGGCAUUGGAAUCUGGGGAAGAGUUUCCUCCCUUGCUUGGAAUCAACACUGGACAUGGGAAGCACAAAUACUCAGACAAAGGUCUUGCAGCUGUUUUUGAAUCGCACUUGAAGGAGCUUAAUGCCCCUUUCCAUGAGGCCCCAGACAAAGUUGGAUGGUUUUUGACUACCAGCGUCGCAGCUAAGGCAUGGUUGGAAUCUAGGCGUUCGUCGGGAGUUUCUGCUUAGCUGCGGUGUCUGGAUUUGAGAUUUCCUCUUGUUAUCUUGUUACUGGGAAAGAUUUUUGUUCUGUUAGCAAACUCAGGUCAUAUACAUUUGAAAAUUUCCCUUAAACUCGGGUCUAUAGGAUGUUGCCAACUGCUAUACUGUCUAGUUCUUCCGAGAAUAGGUCGACGUUGGUCUAUAUCUUUAUAAAUCUAUCGUCAGUCUUUAGUUUUUUUUUCCCAA